AUGUCAGAUAGAACUUCUUUUAAGAAAAAGAAAUCAAAAGUUAUCUUUAGGUUAACUGGUGAUGAGAAAGAUAGAAAGAAAGAAAUCACUUUUAAUGAUCAUGAUAGAAGUGAUUAUUUAACAGGUUUUCAUAGAAGAAAAGUUGCAAGAAGAGAGUUUGCAGAGAAGAGAAUUGCAGAGAAGGAAAAGGAGGAGAUUCGUGAACAAAAGAAACUUGCAAAACUACAGAGAGAAUCAUAUCGUGAAUCGAUUAUCAAUGCAAAGAUGUUGGGUGAAGGAAAGACCUCGCUAGCACAACAGUUGGAAGAGGAAGCAGAGGAUGAUGAAGAUGACGAAGAAGAAUCGACUACCACCACCGCCGCCACCACCACCAAAUCUAAAUCAUCACUAAAAUAUAAAACAUCUUCAAAUGUAGAAUCAUCGACACAACAAUUUAAGAACGAUACAAAUAUAAUUACUGCAACAAUUGAACCUAUUUCGUUUGAUAAUGAAGAUGGUGAAGAUGAUGAAGGUGCAGAGGAAGAUGAUGAUGAGGAUGAAGAUGAAGAUGAGGAAGAUAAAUCAACAGCAACUGGAAAUAAAGAUAAAUUCAAAGUAAAAAAGAAAGAGAAUAAAUUUAAAGAUAAGAAAAAGAAGGAUCAGAUCACCUCUGAUAAGCUGACUGUGCUCGAUGCUGCAAAGAAAAUAUUUUUGGAUGAUAAAGGUCGUAAGGUUAUGAUGAAGAAAGAGAAAGGUAAACUUAUUCCCGUUGUAUUGACAGAGGCUGCCCAAGAGAGAAUGGAAAAGGGUUGGGAAUUACCACGUCAACUUAGAGAGAAGCCAAAGAAGUCAUGGUCAUUAACAGAAGCAAGAAAAUCAAGAAAGAGAACAAGGAAAGAUAAAAAAUAA